CUAACAGCGCCGUCAAUGAUGCUUCUUACGGUGAGGAGAAGGAGACCAAUGAGAGCUUCACUCAAGAUUCUGGGCUUAAUCUCACUAGAGCCCAAUUUCAACAUUUACUUAGUCUUCUCCAGCCCACUCCACCUUCUGGUAGUUCGAGCUCAGUAGACAACACCCAACUCAAAAGUGUGGCUAAAUUGUCUAUUGGUGACUAUUUAGAUAUGUCACAGCAGGAUGAAUUAUCAAUCAUCGCAAAUGAUGCUACUGUUAAAGAUAUGGAGGGAGUAGUUAUUGCUUAUGUUGCAUACCUUCUGAAGUAA